GUUGGACUCGCAAGACGCUGAGGUGGCAGCCGAGUGAACUAGCGGCCGGGCGAGUGGCAGGCCAUGGACUGCAAAGUCCAGCGGGCUCGCGCCGCGUUCCGGUCCGGCCGGUCGCGGCCCCUGCAGUUCCGGCUGCAGCAGCUCGAGGCCUUGCGGAGGAUGGUGCAGGAGCGCGAAAGGGACAUCCUGGAGGCCAUCGGCGCCGACCUGUGCAAGAGUGAAUUCAAUGCAUACGGUCAGGAAGUCAUUAGCAUCCUUGGAGAAAUUGAUCACGUACUGGAGAAGCUUCCCAAAUGGGUUACUCCUAAACCAGCUGAGAAGAACCUGCUCACCAUGCUGGAUGAAGCCUAUAUUCAUUCAGAGCCCCUAGGAGUUGUACUGAUUAUUGGCGCUUGGAACUACCCCUUUGUUCUCACCAUCCAGCCACUGAUAGGAGCCAUCGCUGCAGGAAAUGCUGUGAUUAUCAAGCCUUCUGAAGUAAGUGAAAAUACAGCCAAGAUCGUGUCUAAGCUCCUCCCUCAGUACUUAGACCAGGACCUGUAUGUUGUAAUCAAUGGUGGUGUUAAGGAAACCACAGAGCUUCUGAGGCAGCGAUUUGACCACAUCCUCUAUACAGGAAAUACUGCAGUUGGAAAAAUUGUCAUGGAGGCUGCUGCCAAGCAUCUAACCCCUGUGACUCUCGAACUGGGAGGGAAAAGUCCAUGUUACGUUGAUAAAGAUUGUGACUUAGACAUCGCUUGCAGACGCAUAACCUGGGGGAAGUACAUGAACUGUGGUCAAACCUGCAUUGCUCCAGACUACAUCCUUUGUGAACCAUCCCUCCAGAGUCAAAUCGUGCAGAAGAUUAAGGAAACCGUGAAGGAAUUUUAUGGAGAAAAUGUGAAAGAGUCUCCUGAUUAUGAAAGGAUCAUCAAUCUUCAUCAUUUUAAGAGGAUAAUAAAUUUGCUUGAAGGACAAAAGAUAGCUUACGGUGGGGAGACUGAUGAGGCCACAUGCUACAUAGCCCCAACAGUACUUACUGACGUUGAUCCUGAGGCCAAGGUGAUGCAAGAAGAAAUUUUUGGACCAAUUCUUCCAAUAGUGCCUGUGAAAAAUGCAGAUGAAGCCAUAAAAUUCAUAAAUGACCAUGAAAAGCCCCUGGCUUUUUAUAUAUUUUCUCGUAACAAUAAGUUGAUCAAACGAAUGAUUGAUGAAACGUCCAGUGGCGGUGUCACAGGCAACGAUGUUAUUAUGCAUUUCACACUCAGUUCUCUACCAUUUGGAGGAGUAGGUUCGAGUGGGAUAGGAGCUUAUCAUGGAAAACAUAGUUUUGAUACUUUCUCUCAUCAACGUUCCUGUUUAUUAAAAAGUUUAAAGAGAGAAGGCUGGAUACUACUGAAGAAUGAUCCUGUUCAACCACCUACUUGCCGCUUCUGAAUAAUUCUUUCUAUUAAAUGAUUAAUGAACCAAUAAUUUUAAAAUUCUACUAAAAAUAGUAAGAAAGAUAAUGCAGAUGCACUGUGACUAAACCUAAAAAUUAUUGCCACUCAUGAUUAAUAAAAUUUGCCAUUUCAGCCAAAUCCUAACAUCCCCCAAUAGUAAAGGUACCCAACAGCAUCUGUUCUAGAUCGUGCUUACUCAAAUCUUAAACCUUUGGGGUAGAGGAAGAGAAUGCAUUAGGCUAAACCCAGACUGUUUGUGGGUGUAAGGAUAUCACAGGCCUAUUCAGUGAAUUCUUCAGUUCAUGGGACACCUCACCUGCUGCCCUGGCUGCUGCCGCAAUUGCUCAAGGAAGCUUUUCAGAGCUAUGUUACCCGAUAAGGUAUGGAGGCUGGUUUUGUCAGCACUGCUUAGGAUUACCAGCAUCAAAAGAGAUGAGACUAGAUUUUCCCAGCUCCUCUCGAGGUUUGAGGCAUUAGAACUGUGUGCGGCGGCCUCUUAUCCACUGGGACUUGAGCACCUGGCCUCCAGAAGUUGGCUCUCUGGUCAGAUAUGCCGUCUGAUGCAUGGUCUCCAUCCUUUCUUAUCCAUUCUUUGUCCUGAGUUGUGUGUGGUUUGUGGAAUUCUGUGUUGUGGUUGUCCAGAAGUGCUUUUGGUAACUAAUGUCACUGAAAGCAUCUUGUAAAUCUAGGGCUCCCUAGAAGACACUUGCCAAUUUCCUGCAAGUUAUCGUCUGUCAUUCUUACGGCUUUGGAGGUGUAGAAUUCCACAUCUUAUCAAAACUAAUAGGCCUUUUUAAAAUGCUGUAAUAAAAGUACUUAUGAAAAUGCUUAUAUUCUCUUAGGACCCUAAAGUUGCAAGUGAGCAGAUCUGCAAGGACAAAUCUCUAGGUUUCUUAUUUCUGUAGCACAAUGCAAGUAGAUUUCACCUUUUAUAACUUCAGAUAGAUCCCUUUUGGAAUUAAUUCAUCCUACAGAACUUAAAGUGGGGAAACCAUUUCCUCUAACAGGAAAGAAGCCUUGGAUAUUCAGGACUUUGGGGCUUGAAAGUCUCAUGGGGCAGAUGGUGGAUCAGUUGGAGAAGUUUGGAGAAUAACCAUGAUCCAUUGCUGUCGGGUUGAUUCCAACUCUAGGUGACCCUGUAGGACAGAGUAGAACUGCCCCAUGGGGUUUCCAAGGCUUUAAUCUUUACAGAAGCUUACUGCCACAUCUUUCUGCAGUGGGUUCGAACUGCGGACCUUUCAGUUAGCAGUGCUUAACCCUUGCACCACCAGGGCUCAAUAAUAACUGUGAGCCACAGCAAUUGAUCAUACUGAAGGGGAUGGAGAACAUAGUAAUAGGAACUGCAAAUGUGGAGUCAGUAGCUCCCCAGCAAGGUAGAAAUUAUCCUCUUUCAGAGCCUCAUGUGGCCAAGACCUGAGGCACUUCAGCCAAGUUGGGAAAGUACUAAAAAGAAUUGGGCAAGUGGAACCCGGCCCUUUCCUCAGGGCAGUAUUAUGCUUCACAACUCCUGGCUCCAGGGGCUCCCCCUUGCUUCCCCUCUACAUUUGAAAGCAGACUCAGCCCGCUCAAUGAGAGACUAUAAUUCUUCAUAGAAUGUAAAACCAAAGGGCUAUCAAAAGUAUGUUACGUUCAUCAUUAUCACAGUAGGAAGUGUUAAGAGUGUUACCCUAAUACUCCCCAGCGUAUUUUCUCCUUGUCAAAAUGGGCAACUGAGAGCUUGAUGUAACUAACGCCAUGAUGAGCCUGUAAGUUUUUUUCGUUUUUCUUUGCCUUCUACUUGUCGCAUACCUUUGUUAACAACUUUGUUUUGCUCUGUCCGGCCACCUGUGGUUUAUGAACCCCCACAGCAAGAUUAGAGCCCAGAUGUCAGAUAUGUAUAUCUUUAGCCUGAUAAGGAAGUGUUCAGUUCCUUCUCUCUUUAGUAUGAUAGAGUCCCUUGUAAUUACCUUGUAAUGAAUAACAACACUUCUAACCUUUGUAAAAAUCAUAUAUAAGCUCUAAUGUAAAAAUGCUUUUUGCUGUCGGAUCCCCGUUGGUGUACACCUCCUAAAUUAAAACUUUCUCACUCUUUCUGACUUGGAGUAUGUUUCACUGGCUCGACUGUUCCAGGGCAUGGACCAUAUUUGGGUAACAAAUUUUUGGCACCCAACAUGGGGCUCAAAUUACUCAGGCCCUGGUUCCAGCUCCCUAAGGACUGAGCCCCUGG